AUGGCCAAAAUCCACAAAAUAAAGCGCUACAAGCCGGUGUUCAUUAAUCUGAUGAGUGAAUUGAGAGAAAUGUGGCCGAGAGACAACGUCACAGAUGAAGAACAAACUAUUAUAAACAAGGACUUGAAGAGACUGAGACUGGUUACUAAAGCUUACUUCUCGUGUAAUUCCAUAUUGGGUCUAAUCUUCACCCUGCCAUCUAUCGUCAACCUUAUAAAGCCUCUGUUCGGUAUCGAGGCGCCUCGUAUAUUGCCUUUCUUCUACUGGCUACCAUUCGAUCCUUACCAGGAAGUCAUAUUUGAAGUCGUGGUGAUUGUGCAGAACUCACAUUAUCCCAGAAGCGAGUGCACAUAA